AUGGAUGGCUACAAAAUCCCCAGAUCCGUGCUCAUUAUCGGGUCCGGCGUGUUUGGCCUCAGCACCGCCUGGACCCUGACGCAGCGUCCCGAGUACGCCGACACGCGAAUCACCGUGGUCGACGACGCUGGCGCAUGCGGCGGCGAGUUCCCGCCGCUCGACUCGGCGAGCGUGGACUCGUCGCGCAUCAUCCGCGCCGACUACGCCGACCCGCACUACGCGGCGCUGGCGGCCGUCGCGCAGGCUGAAUGGCGCAAGCAGGGCGAUGACGACCUCGGCGGACAGGGUCGUUACACAGAGUCGGGUCUGCUGCUCACGGCGGACCGCCCGGCGGCGAGGAAGGAAGGCAAGCUGACGGGCAUGGACUACACGAGGGAGAGCUGGCGCAACGUGGCACGCAUCGCGCGCGAGGCCGGGCACCCGUCGGACAGAGUCCGGGUCUUGGAGAACGCGCAGGCCCUCAGCGAGCACCUGGGCACGCCGGGACGGCCCGGCGACUGGGGUUACCUGAACACGCUCUCGGGAUGGGCGGAUGCUGGAGAGGGCAUGCGCUGGCAGUACAGACGUGUCAAGGCUACGGGGCGCGUCAACUUUGUUGAUGCCAGAGUUGCCGAGCUCGUGACCGAAGGAAAGUGCGUUGUUGGCGCCAAGCUGGCGUCUGGUAACGUUUUGCGUGCGGAUCUCAUCUUUGUCGCUGCCGGUGCAUGGACCGGCGCUCUGAUUGACGUGCGCGGCCGCGUCGAGGCCACCGGCCACGUCCUCGGCUACAUUGACAUUACGCAGGAGGAGCUCAACACGCUCUCCAAGCAGCCCGUGGUGCUCAACCUCACCUCGGGCCUGUUCGUCAUCCCGCCGCAGUCCAAGCUGCUCAAGGUGGCUCGCCACAGCUUCGGCUACCUCAACCCCGUCACCGUCUCCCGUGCGCUGCCACUGUCGCCCGCCGCGCCGCGUGCGCCGAUCGUCACAUCCCUGCCUAUGACACUGCGCAGCGGCGGACCCGGACGACUGCCAGCCGAGGCAGACGCCGACCUGCGUCGCGCUUUCGCGGACCUCGUGCCGUUGCGCGGGCUCGAGGGCCGACCGUGGCGGGAGACGCGGCUGUGCUGGUACGCGGACACGCGCGACGGCGACUGGCUGGUUGACUACCACCCAGGCUGGGAGGGCCUAUUUGUGGCGACGGGCGACAGCGGCCACGGCUACAAAUUCCUGCCCGUGCUCGGCGACAAAAUCGUCGACUGUAUCGAGGGUCGUGGCGGCGCGUUGGCUAACAAGUGGAAGUGGAAACACGUGCCCGAGGGCGACGCUGUGGGACGCGAGACGGACGGCAGGUUCGAGGGGCUCAUCACGGAGGACGGAAGUAGGGGUGGCUAUCCGGGCAUGAUUCUCGAGGAUGAGCUGGCAAAGAAGGAGGCGGCGAAGCUGUGA